GGAUUACAGUGUUACUUCUCCAUCACUUCUAUCACCAUCUUGCUUUGAUCGUUAAUUAAUGGGAGUAAUAUGACAGAGAUCAUUACCUUGCCAUAACCAAAACCUCGCCUCCGAAACAAAUAAUUUGCUGAUUCCGACUAGAAAACUUUGGACGUUUCGACCUACGCACACUGACUGGCGCUCGGCUUGAUUUUCCGCGCGUUUGCAUAUUCCUUCAACUGAUCCAUACAACUCUCCAAAUAUCAAGUAAAUACUUCGUUACACAAAUUAGGCGAUGGAGCCUGUUUAUAAGCGGUUGAAUGCAGAAAUAGAAAAAGCACAAGGUAUCCAAAAAGAAAUACAGAAGAUUUUCCAGCUUCAUCGUCAGUUAUCUGCCCAACUUUCUGAAAAUGAAAACGUUAUUGAAGACUUUGGGUUAUUGAAUGAAUCUAAUGCUAUAUACAAACUUGUUGGUCCAGUUUUAGUCAAACAGGACUUAGCUGAAGCUAAAGAAACAGUCAGUAAAAGGAUAAGCUACAUAACAUCUGAAAUAAAACGUCACGAUGACAGGAUAAAAGAAUUGGAAAAACAGCAGGAGAAUUGCCGGGAACAGAUAAGCAAAUUACAACAAAAACUUCAACAAGAACACACAAAAGCAGCACUAAAGGCUUAAUGCAACAGAAGACACAAAGUUAUGUGAAUGAUAAAACUCUAGAAUUUUCGCUAUUUUUUCUUCUCAAAAAGAGUAUAAUCUGCAUUCAGUCUAGAAAACCGUCACGAGUCUGCUAGUGUUAUCUUUAUUUUUUGUAUUUGUAGCGGAGAAAAACUUACUCGGGAAUCUGGCUUUUUGAUUACUACAACAUUUCGAUGGAAAAAUUUAUCUUGUCACCGUUUUCACGCUGAAAGCUAGAUUGGUUUCGAAAAGUAGUUGUUGUGUGAACCUAAUCUCCAUGCGUAUUGUGUGUAGUUUUUGGAUCAAAUGGAGGGAAACUUGGGGACGAUUUCCUCCAACAAUUAAGAGAAAACACACCUAGAUAGUUGUUGCAUCCUAGCUUGAAACAUCGUAGCUCCCCCAUGAUCCCAUAUAAAAUGGAGCCUUGGACUAUCAGCUUUCUUCGUAACCACAAUACUUUCAAGCCACUACUAGAGAAUCCGGCACUGUACCUUGGCUUUCGUCAAUAUGCAAUAUGCUAUAAUCCUCGGAUUAAUGCUUUUGUUGAACUGCUUUGAUAAUUUCGGCCUGGUUAGCUCUGCAGGUGUUAACUUUUCAUCAAAAAAUUGAAAAUGUACCUCGAAACUAGUUAUCGAAAAAUAUCGGAUUGUCAUUUAACUAGAUAGAUUUGAAUUCAAGGAAUGACAAACUCUCAGGAUUUACUUGAAAUAUAAGAACGGCAAUAAAACUGGUGUACUUCAUUCAGUUGCGCUACUACUAAUUAAUAAGCAGAUAGAAAGGAAAACAAACAUAAAUGAUGUGAUCAAAUAUUGUGUGUUUAACAGAGCAAAGGCGACAAAAAUACCUUUAGCACAUCCUAUUUGGGUCACUAAUUUUAUGUUGUGGUGGGUCUUUAUUCCUGUCGUGUAUUAGAAUGUCUUGUGUUACUAAUAUCUGGUUCUUGAUCAGACGGGCCGACAGUGGUAUGCAGUGACAACGUAGCUUUCGCAAGCUAUAACAAACAAGUUUUACAGUUGGUGCUUUAAAAUAAUGUCAUAAAUUUGUUGCGCUUAUAUGACUCGCGGAUACCGUAGGCCAUCAUUAUCAUGGACAUUACUAUGCUCAUUGUAAUUCCUGCUUCGGUUUGGGUACGCGAAGCAGUAUCACGGCCCUCACACAUAUCAAAUGGGAUUUGUGUGGCGCAUAUGUAUUUGGUGCCUCCUUGUACCAAUAUCUAUGUGUAAAAAUAAAUAAAUAAAUAACAAUUUUAAAGGUGCCCCAAAACGUUUUUGCC